AUGCCUGCUUCAGCUCCGGCGCUGCCUACUCGGUUCCCCUGCUGGUGUCAAGCCGUCUACUCGUGGGGAGGAGAGACAAAGCGCGAUCUUGGCUUCAUCGAAGGCGACCUUAUAGAAUGUCUCAAUGCUGGCGACGGAUCGUGGUGGAUGGGCCGGUUAAGGCGCGACAAACGCAUGGUCGGACUGUUCCCUUCAAACUUCGUAAAGCUUCUCGACGAGAACUUCCAGCCUAGUCGCAAUGCCAGUCCGUUACCACUACAAUCCGGAGGAGGCGGCAGCAUAUCCAGGGGAUCAACACCAAAUUCAGUUGCCGCGAAGCCGACUCCUCAGAAGUCCACGAGCAUGUUCCGCAAGCCAUUCCAGGCAUACUACGCCGCUGGCUCACCUAAUCCUACCGCCACUGCGAAGAGCGCCAAUGGAACUUCUCCAGCGGCCUCCCCGCAUGGAAGCGUGUCAAAGCACAAGCCGUAUGCGUCAAUGAAACGCCCUACGCCUGAAAUACAGAAGCCACCGGAUACCCCAAGUGCACUUCCCGCACCUGUUCCUCGCUCACGCGGCUCAAGAAAAAGGUCAGCGGAUGGCAACCACACGCCUUCUCCACGGCCACAAGCGAAUGGUUUCUCGCAAGCGCGCGCUGUAUCGCCAGCGCCGCCGAGCCGUGUACCUUCGCCUGCUCCGUCAACGUCAAGCUAUAUCCCGUACCGCGCACCUUCUCCCGCUCCGCCCCCGAAAGACUAUUCAUAUUACCGUGCCGCAUCUCCUGCACCGCCAGUCAUUCAAAGCUCUGCUCAAAGAUCGAGAGCUCCGUCUCCGGCCCCGCCGUCACAGUAUCAUGACCACGUACGCGCCGUAUCUCCAGCGCCUUCUGCCGAUUGGCGCCAGUUGCUUCGUAACCCGUCACCAAAUCCAUAUGAACUACCUGAAGCAUCACCUCCCCCACCACCUCCGCCGGCCCAUCGUGUUCUGUAUAGCCAGAGCAGAGCGCCGUCACCAACACGCUAUGACUCGCAGCAGGAUUACAUUGGGCGGUACCAUACGCCUGAGCCGCCGCCAUCUGGUGGCAAGAACUAUACUCCGUCGCCGCUGACAAAUGCGAUGAACGAUGUGAUGUCCUCUCUCGAAGACAUGACCGCGGCGAGGAGUCCUACGCCAGAACCGCCGCGUCAGCCGCAAAGUGUUUGGUCGCCAGAAGCAUUUGAACAAGUUUACACAAAGGAGAAGAAGAUGCGUCCGCGGACGUCUUUGGGCAUCGGAGCACAAGAGGAGGAGACCGAGGAUGACGUCUACAACACAGAUUCCGGCUACCAAACACAGCACGAUGGACCGCCACAGAUACACAACUAUGUUCAGCGCAUGGAGAGUCGGCUGCGAAAAAUGCAACAGGAAGGCCAAUCUCGCCCACAGACCGGAUCGUCUCAAUCUUCUGGCGAGCCUCCGGCUCCUCCACCCAAGCAUGAGUCUUACCAACCACGCCCACAAUCUUCGCUGGAGAACGCCUCCGAAAUAGCUGGCCGGACCAACUCUCGCAAGUCGUUGAAAAAUCGAAAAUCGGCAUACGACCUCGGCCGCCAGAUGCUGGACCGCACCUUUACGACCAAAACAGCACAGAGUACGAGCACGAAUACGACACAAAUGACGGAUCACAGCCUUAUGAGCGGUUAUUCAGCUGGUGCUAUCAGCGCUACGAGCGCAGGCAGCCUGGCACGCAGGAAAUGGGGUCUCGGCAGCAUCCGCGAUAGACCGCAGAGCGUGAUGGGUAACACCCGAGACGCAGCGGGCAGCAAGUUGGGCUUCGCUGGUGGAGAAAACAGACCCGAAACACCCUUCACAGGUGUGACAUACCACUCCAGCCAUGACUCCAACCAGUCGAGGCCAGACACAUCGAUGAGCAACUGGCAACCCCAACCGAGUGGACCAAGCACGGGAGAUGGAUUAGGCGGCUUCGCGGUCCUGAAGCCAAAGAAGUCCGGCUUUUUUAAAAAGAUGAUCGAGUCUGCCAAAACGGGGGCUGCGAGCGCCAGGAGCACCAUUGCAACUGGCCAAGUCAGCCGCCCCACCUCGUACCACAAGAAUUCGACAUCCUCGAUACUUCCCAACGGCGUGACAGCUAUCGCGGGAGGGACUGCUGCACCCAGACUGGACUCUGCUGCACCAGGUUCUGCGGCAAGAGAUAUGGGUCUCGGUGGCGGCAACGACUGGGUCCAGGUGAGACGGGAUGUCAACCGCUCAAACUCCAUCAGCCGCAACGAGCGCAUCGAGCGGGCCGAGCGCUGCCAGAUGCUCGAUGUCCCCGUCCUGAACCCCGUUGAUCUCCUCUACGAAACAGCCGAGGGAGACGAAGGACUCGACGGCCUGCCUAUCGCCGACCCAACAGACUUCACAUCGUGCAAUCUCGCGCUGGUAGACAAGACCGCGCGGUUCGUGAACAGCAUCCCGCCCAUGACCACCCCAGCGAGUCUGGCACAGGGCUAUGUCUGCCGCCCCUACAGAAGCGACGUCCAGCGGCUCCGCGCAAUCUUCACCUGGGUCGCCGAGCGCGUCUCCUGCGAGGAAGACUUCGAAGGCGAAAUCGACACCCGCCGCGUCAUCCAAUCCCGACGCGGCUGUGCUAAGGAGAUUGCCGUGCUUGUCAUGGAAAUGUGCGCUGCGGUUGGCAUCCACUGCGAAGUCGUGCACGGCCUGCUCAAAUCGCCGGACGAGAUGCUCGAUAUCGAGAUGGUGGCGCGGCCGAACCACUACUGGAACGCUGUCAUCGUGGACGGCGAGUGGCGCAUCAUGGACUGUGCUUUGGCCAGCCCGACGAAUCCGAAACGGAGCGCGUAUAGCAGCGCUGGCAGCAGCGUUGCUGAAAGCUGGUGGUUCCUCGCUCGCCCGAUGGAGAUCUGCUACACGCAUGUUCCGCUGCUGCCGGAACAGCAGCAUGUAGUGCCGACGCUGAGCCACGAUAUCCUCAUGGCGCUACCGGUGGCCUGUCCGCCAUACUUCCGGAACAAUAUGAGGAUCGACGAGUUCGAUACCAGUAUGCUGCACAUGGACGGCUUGGAGCAGGCGCAUGUUUUCCUCGAGGUGCCGGAGGACAUGGAGUGCGUGGCGGAAGUCGAGGUGAGGGUGUUUGCGAGGGACGCGGAUGGCGACUUCUUUGAGAGCGGGGAAAUGGUGAAGAAGUCGGCGUUGGCGCAGCCGGAUUGGGUUGUGGGGAGGAAGCGGUAUACGAUUAAGGCGCUGUUGCCGGGGGAUGAGGGACAGGGGACGCUGAAGGUUUAUGCCGGGAAGUGCGGACUCAGGCACUCCAUAAAACAAAACCCCCACCCCCUCGCCCUCUCCCUUCCCCUCUCUCACACCGGCUCCAACCCCCCCUACGACUUUCUAAUCCGCCACCCAACCCCCCACGCCCAGCGCCACGACCUCUACGUCGCGCAACCCCAGUGCUACCGCCUCGCCAUCAACAACACCUUCGUCUUCGCCGUGCGGCAGCACCCGUCCUCGCUGUCCCCUACCUCCGCUUCGUCCCGCACAGGCGACACAUCCAUCAGCUACUCCGAUGCCUCAGGAAGAAGAAGCCCCAUGCCAACGUUUGCAGCCAGACCGGCGUCCGCAAUGAGUAUGGCGUCUGUCUCUGCGGCGGGGUCCGUGGGGUCGGAUCCUAGCAAUCCGUCGAACGCUUCAUCUGUUUCCUCAUCAGCUCCGCACAAGCCGGCGAAACUAGCCGUCCAGAGUCCGUCGGGGAAGAUCAUUAGGCUCGUCAAGCGGAACGAGCAGGUUUAUGGCGGAGCGAGUGCGGUGAUCGGGGAGGAUGUGGGAGGCACGUGGGAGACUGUGGUUAAGAUUGGGGAGAGGGGGACUUGGAGGGGACUCGUGCUUGCGGAUCGGAGCGCGCGGUGGUGCGUUUUUGCGGAGUGGUUGUGUGUGUAG